AAAACACGAUCGUUGUUUUUUAGUGAAGUCAUUGUUAGCCAGGGGUAGGUUUGCAUGCAGAGCACGACCAGAAUAUUGACGUCGUAUGAACACAAAGUAAGGUUUUAGGACUGGUUGGUGAGAUGCAGUGUAGUGUAUGUGUGUGAUGAUGGUGUUUCAGGAACCGAGGCGGUCUGUCCUUGGAGCCACUGCAGAGACUAGCGUACCUAAUGAGACGGAGAAUUCCUUCCGACUGUUUGAAAAUAGUACAUUGAUGAAUUUACCGGGAGACGUCGGAAACUAUACGAGUAUAUUUACAGAAUCUAUUCACUCGGAAGGUAGAUUAAGCGACGCCUCUACAAGUGGAGACGAGCCCUUUCCGCACGCGGCGGCAUAUAUCCUCACCAUGCCUGCGGAACCAGAGAGCACAAUGAGCUCGGUUUUCACUGCAAAUACCUCCUUGGUGACAAAAAACAACGGAGCAGAUUCUCCAGAGGUCGACUCGGGAAUUUAUGGAAUAAUAUUCCAAAUCAUAGUUCUCUAUAUCCCUCCAUUUAUAUUAGUAGGGGGUAUAACAGGGAACAUACUGGCGUUCAUCGUGACCUUUAAGAAACGCCACAAACAUAUUACGGCUUAUUUCUUCAUAUCUGUGAUGGCGAUAUUGGAUACUGUGAUGUUAUUGUUCUUUCAGAGCACGUACUGGCUUUUCUUUAAUUUUUUCUCGGAUAGUAACACAGAUGCCCUAUGCAAAGGAAUGACACUGUGCGAAAAGAUUGUCGCUGACUGUUCCAUCUUCACGACCCUCGUCAUGACAACGGAUAGGUUUGUAGCGAUCAAAUAUCCUCUUAAGGCCAAAACAUUUUGCACCGUGUCUCGCUCGUGGAAGGUACUCUUAACCGGGGCCAUUCUGAUCGUGUGCAAGAACCUUCAUCUUGCCUGGACUGUGCGUUUACACAACGGCCAACUUUGCCUGUUUCUCCCAAAAAACAAUGAGGCUUUGUUGACAGCUUGGCCCUGGUUUGACAUUAUCGUCACCUUUCUUCUCCCCUUCAUGAUGUUAACCAGUCUUAACACAGUCAUCAUUAGAACUGUCCUUAAAGCCAACAAAACGCAGAAACGUCUCGUGUCUUUCAGUCUAAUUAAGAAAAUGGACACGCUACAAGUGCCCGGUCAACCGGCUACACCCCACCACUCCAAUCCACAGAAGUCUCAUGAACGCCAGCGUCUACAAGUGACAAUUAUGCUGGUUUCAGUUUCAGUGUUAUUUGUUCUUAUGACAUCCCCGUAUAAAAUCCUCUUACUGUUUGAUCUUUUUAUUGGACAGAACAGCGAGGUUGUGUCAUCUGCGUGGUACGUGCUUCUAACUCACGCGUUUCAGCACCUUUAUUAUACGAACAGUGCGGUGAAUUUUUAUCUCUACUGUCUCAGCGGGCGGAUUUUCCGGCGACACCUCAGGCAUGUGUGCGGAUGCACGAGCAAGAAAAAGAAGCGUUCUGACCGGGAAAUAGACAGCAACACGAACAGCAUGAUGACAAGUUUUAACACUCGCAGUGAACUAGCCAUUAACAAUAACACGCUGAACGGGCAGCUUGCCGUCACCGUCAAAGUCCAGACUGAUAAGGAUAAACCUCGAAGGCAAUCUUGUAUCGCCGCUUUUGGAAGGCGGGUGUAGUGGAUAUCAUAAUAAUACAUACAACAGAUUAUCGAGGAAUUAUAUUUUGAUCCAACGUGAAGAUGUUGUAUUUGUCUUGGAAUAUGUACACUGUUUCUAAUGUCUGCAUGAAGACAUAUUUGGAAUACAUUUAACGCUACUCAUUCAUUGUGUUUAUUUAUUCUGUGAAGAUAAAGAUAUACAAUUCUUUAGCAAUCUAAGUGUGCCUAACCAGAGCGUUCACGUCGCUGGGUAUGGAUGAGGAAUAACUAGCGAUCAAAAACGAAUUUUUCCAAAACAUUUGAGCACUACGCUCAUUGAAAGUAUUCCAUCAGAUGUUCCUCAGUUUCGACAUUAUAUACCUAUUUAAAACUUUAAAACAAAACAUGACGCCAUGCUACCUGCAGACGGUAGUCUAGUUUAACUAUAACAAUUGUUUACAUUUUCCAAUAUCCGUUAUGUCAU